UUGCAGUUUACCUCAAUACGUUGACAGCAGUCUUGAUUUUGUGGUACUGAAUAAGAUUCAAAUUAUGUACAGACCCUCAAAUGACUUAUCUCUUGGGAAAGUGCAUUUAAAUAUAUCAUUUAAAAUAUUGCAACUGUAUUCCCAUAGUCUUUGUCUGUUUUUUUUAGUUUUUUUUAAAAUAUCAUUUCUACGUUUUUGUCUCCCACACUGAACGUGAACUUCAGAGCAUUGAUCAUAAUUGCCUACCUGUUUUAGUGAGCAUCUUUGGGUUUAAGCUACAGAAACUCAAAUCAAAGGAGCAUAAGCCAGUAGGGUGAACGUACUGGUUCCCAUCCCCAAACUGGAGAAAGAGCAGAACAGGAGCUACUCUUAGUAAUGAUUAAAUUGAGGGACUGUGUAGGAGUCCUCAGUAUGAGCAUAGUAUUUAAGAGCAUGGAUUCUAGAGUCUGACUGCCAUGAGUUUACAUCCCAUCUCUGUCACUUUCCGGCUUUGUUACUUGGACAGUUAUUUAAUCCCUUUUGUUUCAGUUUCUUCAUCUAUAAAAUGGGGUUACAUAAUAGUACCUACUUCAUGGAGUUGUGGGAAUGUUAAAUGAGUUACCACAUGUAAAACACUUAGAAAAAGACCAUGUACAAAGUAGAAGCUAUAUAAGUGUUGUUAUUGCAUUGCUAUUUAUCUACUUACGUGAUUUUUAUUGUACUGUGAGUUACUCAAGGGCAAUUAUCAAGUGUUAUUCAUCUUUGUGCUAUCUCUCCUGAUGCAACUUCUAGCAUAUAACAAUUCUUCAAAAUACGCUUAUUGGUUAAAUGAUUCUCUUUACCUUCCAAUGAGCUAGUUAUUCAGAAAUUAUCAUCUUUCCUGUUUUAGAAAUGAGAACAGUGAGGCUCAGCAAUAGCUUAUCAAAAAUCACACAACUAAGGAGCAGUAGAUCUGAAAUAAGAAGUCAGGAGAUUGAGUUAGCACUCAAUAAUGGGAAGAACCUACAUUGUAGAAGAAGGUGUUGGCCAAUAUCUUGCAAACAUCGAUCUCCAAGGAAAGGCUUUUGUUUCUGGUCUUUUAAUAGGACAGUGUUCUUCACAAAAGGAUUAUGUGAUACUUGCCACUAGAACACCACCCAAAGAGGAACAAAAUGAAAGCCUUAAACAUCCCAAAGAUAAGAUGGACAACUUGGAUGAAGAAUGGGUCACAGAACAUGCCAACCAGGUAUCCAGAAUGCUACCAGGGGGACUUUUAGUUCUUGGAGUAUUCAUCAUUACAACUUUAGAACUGGCAAAUGAUUUUCAAAAUGCCCUACGCAGACUAGUCUUUGCUGUUGAAAAGUCUAUGAAUAAAAAGAAACUAUGGAGUUUCACAGAGGAGGAAGUCUCAGAACGAGUGACACUUCACAUUUGCUCCUCUACAAAAAAAAUAUUUUGUCGAACUUACGAUAUCCGUGAUCCAAAGAGUUCAGCAAGACCAGCAGAUUGGAAGUAUCAAAAUGGACUAUCAACUUCAUGGCUUUCUUUAGAGUGUACAGUUCACAUUAAUAUUCACAUUCCACUCUCUACUACUGCUGUCAGCUAUGCUCUGGAGAAAAAUACAAAGAAUGGACUUACACGCUGGGCCAAGCAAAUAGAAAAUGGUGUAUUUUUGAUUAAUGGACAAGUUAAAGAUGAAGAUUGUGACCUAUUACAAGGACAGAAAAAAUCUUCUAGAGGAAAUCCUCAAGUGACUUAUCAGUCUUUUGAUGUCCGAGUUCUAACACAGUUGCUCCUGAGUUCAGACCACAGAUCUACAGCCACAGUCCAGAUCUGCAGUGGUUCUGUAAACCUUAAGGGUGCUGUGAAAUGCAGAGCUUAUAUUCACAACAGUAAACCCAAGGUUAAAGAUGCUGUGCAGGCCAUAAAGAGAGAUAUAUUGAACACAGUUGCUGAUCGUUGUGAAAUACUAUUUGAGGACCUGCUUUUGAAUGAAAUUCCAGAAAAAAAAGAUUCUGAAAAAGAGUUGCACAUCCUCCCUCACCGAGUUUUUGUCCCCAUCUCUGGAUCCACUGUAAUGUUAUGUGAUUAUAAAUUUGGUGAUGAGGCAGCUGAAGAAAUCAGAGACCAUUUUAUAGAGAUGUUAGAUCAAAUGAUUCAAAUAGAAGAUUUGGAAAUUGCAGAGGAAAUAAACACAGCUUGUAUGAGUUCCUCUAUGGAUAGUGAAGCUUCUUUGGACUUCACAGAUGAUGAACAAGCAAAACAACCACUUAAAACUACAAUAGUAUUGAAAAUUCAGCAAAACAUAGGUGUGAUUACAGCCUUUGCAGUUGCAGUCCUUGCUGCGGGCAUCUCCUUUCAUUACUUCAGUGAUUAGAGUGAGACACAGCUUUCUGAUCAUCCAGAGACUCUGAACAAUAAUUAUGAAUAAUAAAGACGUAAAUAAUUCAUCUGCAUUUAAGACAACAACAGUCAUAUCUGCUGCCAUAAAUGCCUACUAGGUGUGUUUCUGACUAAGAUGAAAUCACCAGUUGCCUUGUUUAGGCCUGCUUAUAUUAUAGGUGGCCCAGGUUACCAAAAAAGUUAUACAUUUAGGUGGAAGUUGCACAUAACAAAUAAUUAUUAUCUAUUUUUAAAAAGCUUCAAAAUGAUGGCAUAUUUUCAUAGAUUUUAGUCCUGUUGAUCUCAAUCCCACAUUGAUUAGGACAUUGAAAAUUUGAAUAGUUAGAGUUGGCUCAAUAUUUUAGUAAUAGCAGAACCGCAGGAGAAAUUUCUACAAAGUGUAUCAACAAUCUGUUGGGUAAGUUCGUACUCAAGGACUUUUCUAGUAUACACUCAUUUCAAAGAUACUGUGUGUUUUGUUAUAAUGGAGAAUUAGGCAACUUUUCCAGAGAAGUUUGAAUCAGUAAGGACUGACAUAAAUCAUGCAAUUUCUUAUAUUAGUAUAUUGUAACUUUUAAUAUAUUGAAUAAGACUUUUGCUUUAAUACUGUGUUAGCUUAGGUACUGCAGAACAACUCGAUCUUGAAUAAAAUCUACUUUUGAAUGCAUUGCUAGGCUCAAAGAAAUCUGCAAGAAUCACACCUUUAUGUUUCUCCAUCCCAGUUGAUAAUAGUGAAUGCUGUAGUUAGCAUACAGAUGAAGUGUGAUUGUGUGAGGGCAAAUGUCAGUAGCACUACUGCCAUAUGCAGUUUGCUUUGCACCAGAAACAAGGAGAGAGAUCUGAAUCUGAGACUCUGCCUUAAGCCGUUGAAGGAGGGCUUAAGGAUUUAUAGUACCCUAAAGAUCUGCCAGAAGCAGAUAUUAAUUCUCUCAAGGGAAAAACAUUCUUAUUUAGGUACAAGAUUCCCAUAGAUUAAGUCAAGCAAUAUUAUUUCAUGACUAGAGAUUGCCAUGUAUAAUCUGAAACUAGCUAGCAUGAGAGAGAACCUAUAGAAACAACAAACGUUAGAUUUAAUUCUCCAAGUUCUCAUCACUGACACAAGCAAUAAAGGAUGGAACCACAGGCAGAUUUGAAAAAGAACCAAAUACAACUUCUAGAAAUGAGAAAUAUAUUUAUUGAAAUAAUAAAAAAAAAGACAUAGAUAUGUUGAAUAUCAUAUUAGACUCAGCAGAAGAGAAAAUUAGUAAACAGGAAGCUAGAUGUAAAGAAAUUGCCCAGUGAACAGCACAGAAAAACAAAGAACUAUAAAAUAGUAAAAAGAGAUGCACAGAAAACAGGUAUAAAAACUAGAGGUUCUAGGAAGAGAGAAUGAACGGAGGAAAGGCAAUAUUUGGAGAGAUAACUCAGAAUUUUCUGUAUUUGGAAAAUCGAUAAAUUCAGGAAGCACAGCAUAUCCCAAGCACUUAUAUUAAAAAUACAUGCUUAGAUUUAAUGUAGUGAAACUGCAAAAUAACAAAUGCAAGAAUUUUAGAGCAACCAAAAAGGAAAAAAGAGUUCAUCAAUAAAGAUAUGACAGCAAAAUGCUCAGUAUGCUUCUCAAUAGCAGCAAUGUAUCCAAAAGAUAAUAGAAUAAUACCUUCAAAACUCUAAAAAAAUUAUUUUCAGCUUUGAGUUUGUACCAAGAAAAAUUUCAAUAAAGAUAUGUUUGGAUGAAAAACAGAUUUUACCACCUCACACCUUCAUUAAAGAAACUGCCGAAGUAUGAUCUUCAAGAAGUAGAAAAAUAAUUCCAAAAGGAUGAUCUGAAAUCAAAGAACUAGUGAGGAAAUGAAAUGAUAAAUAUGUGUAAAUUUAAUGUAUUGUUUAUAUAAAACAACUAUAAUAAUGAAUGCAGUAAAUAAGAACUAUAAUUGUUAAUUUAAAACUAAAUAAACAUCACUAUUUUACAGUAUUAAUGUGAAAUUUAAAAAUAAGAAUAGAAAAUUCAGACAAUAGCUUAUAAGAUUGGAAGAGGGUGAUUAGGAUUAAAGUAUUCUGAGGAGCUUUUAUUCAGAAAAUGGUUUAAGAUAUCGGUUAAAUUUGAUUAUGUUAAAUACGCAUAGUAAAAAUUCAAGGGUGACUGUUAAGAGAAUAGAUACAGAAUGUACAAUUCCAAAGGAAAGGAAGUUCUAAAAAAUGGAAUAGGAAGAUAAUAAUUCAAUACAAAAAAAAAGAAAGGAAGAAACUACAAGGGAAUAAAACAAAAUUAGAAAAUUAAGUGAUACUAACAAAUCAAACAAUAUUAAUAAUUAAAAUAAAUAUUAAUAGACUACCCAGCUAAAUGACAAAUUGUCAGAUUAGAAUUUUUUUUAUUAAAUUCAGCUAUAUGCUAUUUAAAAGAAAAACACCUAAAACAAGGGCAUGGAGAGAUUUAAAGUAAAAAAAAAAAAAAGUUUUAGG